CGCGCUCAGGUCGCCUCUGUGCUUGACCAGAGAAGGGCUCAGUUGGAACUGCUCUACCGCAUCUUACUGCUUUUCCAGGGCAGAUUCGCUGGUGACUUCCAACGUUACCACAGGAAAAGCAUGCACAAGGGCGCCGAGGAGGGCCGCGAAUGGCCCGCGAUAGUAAGGAGAUGCAGCAGCCGGGGGAUGAUCGGCGCCAGCAAGGUAAGGCGGUCUCUGGCAGGGCAGGUCCUCGCGCAAUCGAUCCCUUUCGAGGACCUGCUUUACAACAGUGCCGAAGCGGAGUGAACUACAUAGCGCAUACACUCGGCAUACACUCGGCAUACACUCGGCACACACGAUGGACAUCUCCACGUCUCCGCCAACGUAAGAGAUCCUCUCGAGCACGCGUAGGUCAAUUUAACCGUAGUAGAGCGGAAAGAAGCGGAAAUGGAGGAAGGGGCGAACGGCUAUUGAUCGGUGCCUGCGAUGAGCACGCAUGUGGCAAGAGGGAGCAUGACGAGAGCAAGGAUUGGAUUGGGAGGGAGAACUCGCAGGUCGAGGGAUUGAAAGCAAGUGAGUGCGUCAUCUCCAGUCCGCUUCAUCUGCCGUCUCGCUCUCUCUACUCUGCGGGCUUGGAACCCUGCGUCAUGGUGACAAAAGGGGCCCAGGGAAUAUUAUCACAUAACCUAACGAGGCAAAGCUCUCCUGGUGCGAUCGGGCGUCGGCCCUCUGCGAAUUCUCCGAAUCCACAUAAUAAUAAUAGGACCUUGCAUGUACUUACAGGAUGAGAUGGACAGCCUGCAGUGACUCCAGCAGGGGUCCGUGCCCCUUGUUUCAUGUUUGUGAGAGUGUGCAUCAGGCUGCAGGCUACGCGA